GGAGGUACCUGAACGCACCACGUCCAGAGCUUACAGUCUAUGGUCCAGACUGACUCUUCAGCAUUUAUUUACCGGAGAGUAGCUCCCCCAUGUGGACAAUAUGUGAGCUGCAUGACUGGGUCGUUUUGUUUUUCUCGUUCCAGAUAACUCGACAUAAACUAACUUUGUAAAGUUUGCUGCGUCAUGAGUAACGGAGACUCAGUCGUGGUCACAGGCUUUGGACCUUUCAGGCAGUUUUUAGUGAACCCCAGUUGGAAGGCAGCACAGGAGUUGAAGUUGGUUGGACUCGGAGAGAAUACGGAUAUUUACAUCAAGGAGUUACCAGUUAGUUAUGUUAAGACUGAACAAAUCAUUGCUGAGAUUUGGAAGACUUUGAACCCAAAGUUUGCCGUCCAUCUGGGCAUAGCCCGAGGUUCCAGUGGCAUCAUCCUGGAGCAAACGGGGAAGAACUGCGGAUACAGAGACAAAGACGUGUGUGGCUUCUGUCCAAAGAGUCUCUGCUGUGUGGAGGGAGGACCUGAGAAGCUGGACUCCAUCGUUAACAUGAGAGCCGUCUCCAAGGCGUGACAAGCAGGCAUGGAUGUUAUUUAUUCAAGAGAUGCCGGCAGAUACCUGUGUGAUUUUGCAUAUUACUGCUCUCUGUAUCACGGUCGGAGGAGGGCAGCCUUCAUCCACAUUCCCUCCCCUAGCAGCCAGAGCUCAGCGGACAGAUUGGUACCUUUGCUGCAGAGCCUCAUCCGGACCAUGCUUGACCAGCUGGAGGAUCCUUCAGAAGCAACGCGAGAAGACAACGAGCAGCAGGCCCAUUGAGGUAGAUCUCCUGAUGAAAGAUAAUUUAACUCAGUACGGACAUGAAGCCAUAUCGCUGAAGGAUGUGGAUGAGAAAGUGCAGACACAGUCAUAGUUCUCAUUCAUUUAUUUAUUCAAAAAUUUCAGAAAAAAAAAAAAAAAAAGAAAAUACAAGAAAUUCUCAGAUACACAUUUGUAGUGAUGGCAUGUCAAAAAAGAUACCAUCUCACCUAAUAGAUUGAAAAAACUUUUGAGGCCUCAGAUACAGAACUUGGGAAAAAAAAAAAAAAAAAAAA